AUGACUGACACGCCCAACCGUGCAGGCGAGAGUCUCCUCGAAUCCGUUCCCGGUGAAGAGAUUAAGCGGGCGAAGGACCUGAAGAGCGUGGCAGCUGAUCAAAAUGGUGUCCCGGUGCUGUGGUUCGCAGAUGGAUCAAUCAAGCCAGACCUCAAGCCCGUCGUCGGUGCAGACGGCGGAUGGAGCAAAGCGAGGCGAAUGGUAGGCGAUGGCAAGACGACGCUCAUCUUCCAGCGCCAAGGUAGCGGGUGUACUCUGGCGUUCUGGCCGACGAGAAACUUUGCCCGCGACGUCGCGGACUCCCCGAGGCCGUGCGCCACGCUCCUCCUGUCCGACGACUUCUUCGCCCCGUGGGCUACGGAGUGGAAGGACACGGUCCGCCACCUGGGAGGUGUCCGCAGUCGGCCGCUGUACCACCUCCCGCCCGACAGCGUCAGCUGGAAGACGGUCCCAGGGCUCACGUCGGCCAGCGGCGCGGCGCACCUGGCCCUGUCGAAUGGCGAGGGCGUCAAUCGCGGCAUGACGGAAUGCCAUGGUGCUGGCCGAGAAGAUGGCGGAGCAUGGGCUGGAUGA